AUGACGGAUUCUCGAAGGUCCAGCACAUCUUCGAUCAAAUCGGAUGUCAAAUCUGACAUUGAAUCUCAAGAACUGCCAUCGGACCAGGAACGUUUUGGAAACACAUUAGAUCAGAAAGCACAAGCUCAAUCUAAGGAACAACCUUCUGACAAGACUCCUUCUACGAUACCAAAUGGCGGUCUCACUGCCUGGCUACAAGUGUUGUCCGGUUUCAUGUGCUUUAUGAGCGCGUGGGGCAUGGUCAACGGAUUUGGUGUGUUCCAGGACUUCUACAGCACUACUCUUAUACCGAACGUGAGCAACUCGGACAUCUCUUGGAUUGGCUCAAUACAAGCCUUCUUGCUCUGUAGUGCGACUGUGUUCGCGGGACCUCUAUACGACAAAGGACAUCCUCGGCUGCUUAUUGUGUUCGGCUCUGUGCUUGUUGUCUUCGGAAUGAUGAUGACAAGUCUCUGCUCGGAGUAUUGGCAACUUAUGUUAUCACAAGGUGUCUGCGUUGGAUUUGGGGCUGGAUGCCUCUUUCUUCCUUCGAUCGCCAUCAUUCCUUCCUACUUUACGACCAAGAAGGCCGUUGCAAUGGGAAUUGCUGCAUCAGGCUCGAGCUUCGGCGGUGUCAUUUUCCCUAUCAUCUUCCGUCGUCUCGAGCCUCGCAUUGGAUUUGGCUGGGCCACACGUGUUAUUGGAUUCAUCUCUUUGGCCACUCUACUUGUUCCUUGUUUCUGCAUCAAGGCUCGCGCUUUUCCAAAGACGCGCAGAAAGCUAUUGGAUUUCGCCGCUUUCAAGGAACCCGCCUAUGCUCUGUUCAGUCUUGCCAGCUUUGUAGGUUUCAUCGGCCUGUAUGUUCCUUUCUUCUACAUCUCCACGUAUGCAAGAGAUGUGUCUGGUCUGGACGACACGCUCUCUUUCUACAUGCUUCCCAUAAUGAGCGCUGGAUCGAUCGCUGGUCGAAUCAUCCCUGGCCUUGUUGCGGACAAAGUCGGUGCUUUGAACGUUCUCGGCUGUUGUAAUCUAUGCGCGAGUAUACUCGGAUUCUGUUGGAUAGCCAUUCAUCAUGCUGCUGGCGGUCUGAUCGUUUGGGCUCUUCUCUACGGUGCUCUGUCUGGUGCCUUCGUUAGUUUGCAGCCUACUACUGUAGCUUCCAUCACAGAGGAUCUUAGUACAGUUGGCGGAAGGAUGGGCAUGAACACUUUUUGUGCUUCUUUUGGCAUUCUUAUCGGUACGCCCAUCGCAGGUCUGCUUGUUGGUAGCGGCAACUGGGUGGGCAUGCAGGUGUUUUCGGGUGCCACCCUUUUGGGUGCCGCAAUCCUGGUGAUUGCCACCAGAAUAUCUAUCACCGGUCUUGAUGUUUCUGUCAAGGCCUGA